UUGUUAAUUUUUUUUAAUAGGUUCUUUAUAGUGUGUGCGAUGUUGCGUCAGUGUAUUACUUUAGCGAUUUUGGGGUGUACGGUCGCAGCACCACAGUAUCAAAUCCAGCAACAGCAGGAUGAAGGCAUCCCACCUCAUCUACUGAGACAAUACAUUGGUCAACAACAAGCCCAGCACGCACCGCGCCCCGCGCCGGCCCCCGUCAGACUUCCAUACAAUGUACAAGAGGAACAGUACCAGCAAAGGCCUCAAUACCAACCCCAGCCUCAACCGCAACAACAAUCUCAGUACAGGCCACAGCAGCAACGCGAACCCGAGGACUAUGACCCUCAUCCUUCCUACCAAUUCGGUUUCGACGUAAACGACGACCAGUACACCAACUACCAGAACCGUAAGGAACAGAGAGACGGUGACGUCAUCAAGGGCUCUUACUCAGUUGUAGACAGCGACGGUUUCAUCAGAACCGUCACCUACACCGCUGACCCUAAAGAAGGUUUUAAGGCCGAGGUCUCUCGCCAACCCACCGACAUCGUGGUGAAGAUUCCGACCCCCAAACCCCAGGCACUUCAACCCCAAGCGCCUCAACAAAUCUCUCACCAGCCACAACUAGCACAUCAACCACAGAUUGCACACCAACAAAGACAACAAGCUCCUCAACAAUAUUACCGUUACGAAUAAUAAAAUAAAAAACGUAGGACCAUAAACAGUCAUGUAUUAUCUGUACCGCCAAAAUGGUCUUCGUGUGUUGAGUCAUCUUAUGUUGUACAAUUUUCGCCAGCCUACACUAAAAAAAAUUAAUCCGUAGGCAUUGUCCUUAGCGUUUGCAUAUUUAAAUUAUUAAAAAAAAGUCACAGCUUAGACAGAUUCCAUUAGCUUCAUUUUUAUUUUGUUUUUGUAUUGUAUUUAUUAACAUUAUUAUAGAAACUUUAUAUAUUUUUUUUAAAACUCAAUAUUACAAUUGUAGAUAAAGAUGUAUUAUUAAGCUUAUAGUAAUGUACGUAGUAUAGAAGUAAUGCGAACUAUUAGAAUAGGAUAUUUGAAUUCUAAGUCCCACUGAGAUAUAAAAAAAAUUGAUAAAAUUAUAUAAUUUAAUGUUA